UCAGAACCAUUCCACAUAUUCUUCUGUUCUUACCCGGACGGAUUUUAACGUUACGCUGGUGCCUGCCUAGCUCAACUCUUACGAUAGUCACUUCUUUGUAGGCAAUUAUCUAUAUUAUACGAGUUGUCCUCUACCUCAACUACUACAUCAUGGCUGGAAACUUUUGGCAAAGUUCUCAUUACCUGCAGUGGGUUCUGGAUAAGCAGGACUUGAUGAAAGAGCGCCAGAAGGACCUGAAGUUCCUUGCAGAAGAGGAGUACUGGAAGCUGCAGAUCUUCUUCGCCAAUGUGAUCCAGGCUUUAGGGGAACACCUGAAGCUGAGGCAGCAGGUCAUAGCUACUGCAACUGUAUAUUUUAAACGCUUCUAUGCCAGGUAUUCAUUGAAAAGUAUAGAUCCAGUCCUAAUGGCUCCUACCUGUGUUUUUCUGGCUUCUAAAGUUGAGGAGUUUGGAGUUGUAUCUAAUACCAGGCUGAUUUCUGCUGCAACAUCUGUGUUGAAAACAAGAUUUUCUUACGCCUUUCCAAAGGAGUUUCCCUACAGAAUGAAUCAUAUACUAGAAUGUGAGUUCUACCUUCUGGAGUUGAUGGACUGCUGCCUGAUUGUGUACCACCCCUAUAGACCACUGUUGCAGUAUGUGCAGGAUAUGGGACAGGAGGACAUGCUGCUGCCUCUGGCUUGGCGAAUAGUUAAUGACACGUACAGGACGGAUCUGUGUCUGCUCUACCCUCCGUUCAUGAUUGCCCUGGCCUGUUUGCAUGUUGCCUGUGUGGUGCAGCAGAAAGAUGCCAGGCAGUGGUUUGCAGAGCUCUCUGUUGACAUGGACAAAAUCUUGGAGAUUAUCCGUGUCAUUCUGAAGCUUUACGACCAGUGGAAAAAUUUUGAUGACAGGAAGGAGAUACCUGCUGUACUGAACAAAAUGCCAAAGCCCAAACCUCCUCCGAACAGUGAAAGUGACCAGAGCUCCAACGGGAACCAAAGCAACUCUUACAGCCAGUCUUAGCAUGACAUCUCUACUUACCUGGAAUCCAUAAUGUCCAUAUAGAGAUGGUUGGCUCUUUCUUAAAUUGAAUACAGUGGAAAAAUCACUCAUCAGCUGACAAUCAACUCUCUUCUUCUUUGACUGACAAUGAUCAAACUGUGAGCCCUGUCUUCAUGUUCCUUCUCUGGUCAUUAUGGAUUGAAGAUUUAGCAAGCGGCUACUUGAAUGCCUGCAGUAAACAACCCACAGUACCGGUGACAACGGAGUUGUAUUGUCCCAGUGAGGCCGCUGUGCUCUUUCAGACUUGAAAUGAACUAAAACUGAGGAACGCUUGGGGGGGGGUGGGAAUAUGGAGCACAGUCAUGAGAUUUCUGUCAACGUAGAAACUUGUCAUUGCGAUAAUCCUGAUAUUCUUGAACAGCCCAGAGGAGCCAGUGAUUUUAUUUGGAGCUCCUUUGGAUAUGAGAAACUUGAUCACAAGUACAAGUGUGUGCGUGUGUGUGAAUCCCUGCUGUAGGUCUUCAUUCCUCAGGGACUGCAGUACAGCGGUGAAAUAACUUGAUCCUGUGCUGUUUAAAGACUGGAUGUGUGUGUGUAGCGGCUCUGUAAUCGCGCUGCCAGAGAGAUUGGGCUGUGGCAGGAAGAAUCCCAAGAGGCUUCUCUUUAAGGUAGAAAUGAACUUUUAACACAAGAAUUUACUGUUUUGAAUCAGGACAAGUCUGUCUCCCUCUCAUUCCUGCAUCCCUUUUGUAAAUAUAAUCACUUAUCUUUCACAAUGCACGUAGAAGAAAAUCAUGAGUUUCAAGAUAGAAAAUAAUUUUUUUAGUGUCAUUCUCUUCACUUGCUUCAUUUUAUGUUUAAUUUUUCAUUUAAUUAAAAAUUGCAUUUGGUCUAGGUUAGUGUGCACAUUUUAAGUUGUACAUUUCUUUAUUUCUUGUAUUUGAUGAGUUUUAUCAUUUAACUGUGGCCAUAUGUGUCUGUCAUAUAUUGUUGUCAUUGUACAGUGGGAUGCGUGUGUUGCUUUACUUGAAAGCCUUACAGAAUUAAAGCUGCUGAUUAAAGAACUUCAUGACA